AAGCCAGCUGCGAGGCGCCAUGCUUCACGGCGGUGGGGACGCAGCGGCGGCGACUGCGCAGCGGGUCGUCUGCUGGUCGAGCGGCGACUCGGAGGACGUGCAGGCCCAGUCGGGCACGUAUCUCGGCCUGGUGCUCGCAUUCGCCAACGUCUUCUUCAACGCGUCCAGCUUCGUCAUCAAGAAGCACGCCCUGCGGAGACUCGUCGAAGGCGAUGAACGCGGCGUCAUCAAUCCUCAUGGCGGCCUCCAGCUGCGGUUCCUGUACGAUCCAGUGUGGCUGGUGGGAGCAAUGCUCGGCAUCUCCGCGGACAUGGCGCAGGGCUUGGCACUGCAGUUCACCUCGUCGACACUAGUCGUGGCCAUCGGCAUGGGAAACGGGCUCGUCACGGCUGUCCUGACAGCUACACUCCUCCGCGAACCAACAUCGCUGCUGGUGGUGAGUUCGUGCAUUUUGACGAUUGUGGGCACAGUGCUCAUGGUGCUUGGCGUGCCUGCUGAGAUGGAGCCCAUGACAGCCAUGGAACUCGAGCUGUACCUCGCGCAGACCGGCUUCUUGGUGUACGUGUUGCUGAUGGCCGGGCUGCUGGCGUUGUGUGCGGGCCUGUUGUUGCACGCCCGCGGGGACCAGUGCAUCCUGGUGAAUAUCUGCAUCAGCGCGCUCGCCUCAGUGCCCUACACGAUCGCCAUCAAGGCCAUCGUGAUGACCGUUUCCGAGCUAGGAGAGCUCGUGUCUGUGCGCACUGCCGCCUGGUUCGUGGUGGUCGUCGUCUCCUUCUUUGCACACGUCAUCUUCCUCAAUAAGGGACUGGUGCAGUUCGAUCCGGUGCGCAUCUCGCAGCUGUCCUCGUGCUUCCUGUACCUGAGCCUCACCGCCACCAUGAUGUUGCUUUCCCAGUCCUGGCAGGAGGCGACGCCCUAUCACGUGUUCUUGCUGAUGCUGGGCGUGGCGGACGUGUCCUUCGCGCUGUUCGCCUUCGUGCUUUUCCAGGAGGACCACCAGCGUUCGGACACUGCGGUGCAAAUCGCGCUGCGACUGCUCAUCGCCGGCAUCGGCAGUCGAGCCAAGGGUCGAGCUCAGCCGCUGCCGCCGUACCCUGUGGUGCCGCGGCCACGCCGCAUUCUGGCCGGCAGGCGGCGACAUCGGAGCAGAUGACAGAUCGGCGUCUUGGCUCUGAUCGGUGUCCUUGUAGAAUUAACACUUCCAGGGACGUAAAAAUCCUCUAGUCAGAUUUGAACAAAAAAUUCAUGUGAUGUGACAUCUGGAUUAUAACGACUGUAAAUAUUACCAAAUGUAAUUACACUCGGUUUCUCAAGGACAGAGUUAAGUACUCCUAUACUUCCUAUUGUAUUAACGUUACACUUCCGUGAGUGACAAAGUACCUUGGCGCGCAUAUUUCACAAGCACUCAUUCUUGGCACGAGCAUAUACCACAAAACAACAAAUAAAAUUCUCAUGCUCAUGGUUCUCGCUUUACAUGCAAGUACUGCAAGUAUAAAACAACUUCUGUAUGUAACAUAUGUGAGGUCUAUUCUCGAGCACGCCCGCGUGCUUUGGGGGACCCUAAUCAGCAGAGCCUAAUAGACUCUCUGGAAAGCAUACAAAAUUGAUCUGCAAGACUUAUCGUCAGUAAUGAUUGUUGUCUCAGCAAUGCCAAAGCGAUGAAGACAGAUUUUCAGUUGCCUUUGCUAAGCGG